AUGAUAGCGCCGUCUUCAGGACAAAGUGCAGUCAUCCAGCUUAAUAUGGGUGAAGGCAAAUCCUGUGUGAUUGUUCCGAUGACGGCAGUUGCUCUAGCGAACGGUCGCUCUCCUGUUCGCGUUGUCGUGUUAAAGUCGCUUGCUAGCCAGAUGUUCCAACUGCUGGUCGAGCGCCUCUGUGGACUCACCAACCGGCGCAUAUUCUACAUGCCUUUCUCACGUAAUGUCAAUGUUGACGACGGCGGCGUGGCACUCACAGUACGCCAGUUUUAA